GACUCCAGACAAAGGAGACAUAUACACACUGACACUGGAUCACUGGAGCGAAAGGAGAGACAGACAGCUGGAAAGCUUGACUUUUCCACACAGGAAACAACCCUCAACUCCUGGACUACUUUUUUUCGUGUGUGUGUUUUGGAAAACUUUGUCAGAAAAGGGACUUUACUGUAUGUGUUUGUCAGCUGUAUGGAUUCAUCUGGGAGCUGAGAGAUGUUUGUGUUGGAGCAGCAGUUACCAUAUGCUGCCUGUAGUGUGUGGAAGUGUGUGGGUUAGUAUGUUUGGGAUGGAAAAGUGGGGCUGGCACGACCAACAGCUCUGCUCUUAGCUUUACGCCAUGGGGGGUUGCCAUAGUUACCCCUCGGCAGACAGCAAGACUCUUCAGCCUUCUGACAUCAGCGGUGAAAAACUGGGAAUUAAUAACAAUAAUCUGGAGGAGCGUCCGUAUCUGCAGCAGCAGAAUGUGUGCCAGCGGAUCACACACACAGACAUGUUUGCUCUCACAGAGCUGCCGCCUGGCGUCGACAAGGCAGAGUGGCUUGCCAGCAACACUGUGGCGUUUUUCAAGCAUAUAAACCUGUUCUCUAGUGCACUGUCUGAGUUCUGCACUCCCAGCACCUGCCCAACGGCCUGCGGACCAGGCAACACGGUUUAUGUUUGGACCGAUGACCACGGGAGGAAGCUGAAGUGCUCUGCCCCACUCUACUUUGACUAUGCCAUGUCAUACAUUCAGGAGCUACUGACUGAUGAAGAUGUGUUCCCCACAAAAGCAGGUUCAGCUUUUCCAACAGGCUUCAUCUUUCUCGUCCAGAAGGUAUUUUUGCUGUUUUUCAGGACUCUGGCUCACAUUUACGGGUCUCACUACAGAGAGACCCUUGCCCUGGGUCUGCACCCACACCUCAACACACUCUUCACACACCUCACACUCUUCUGCCGGCAGCACGCCCUGUUGGAGCCGGAGGACACUGAGCCGCUGCAGGACCUCAUCACAGCUCUGGGACAGCACGGCUGUACCUGAAGGGCUCACACUCUCACCACACACACAUUUAUACUUAUUAUUGUCUCUCGCCACUCUGGGCCAAACUUAAACUAUUUCACUGUAUGGAUUUUUUGUAAAGAUCUAGAAGUUGUAAAAUAGAAAAGAAAAUACUGUUUCUUAACAGUAGUGGGAGAAUGAAUGAUGUGUUUUUAAAAAGUGAUAAAUCAGAUCAGACCAGGAGCAUACAGCUCCUGUUGUAUAUAGUUGGCAUCAGUCAUUGUGUCAUACUGUGUGAAACUGUUAUAUUGCAUGACUGUGUACUUUAACAUAAUGCUGCAUUAUUAUAUUUUGAUAAGGUCAAGAUCUUCAAGGUCAUUUAUGUCUUUCUCACAGACUUAACACAGUAAUAAUAAAAAAAAACAUAGAAUUUUC